AUGAGAUUCGCGGGUUCGUUUGCUGCUGCAGCAGCGCUGCUAUCCAGCACCGUCUCGGCCGUGUCCGUCUCUGGUGCCGCCGAGGGUUUCGCCAAGGGUGUUACUGGUGGUGGCUCUGCAACUGCCGUCUACCCUUCCACUACGGCCGAGCUGGUCUCUUACCUCGGUGACGACACGGCCCGUGUCAUUGUCCUGACCAAGACCUUUGACUUUACCGGCACCGAGGGCACUACGACCUCGACUGGAUGUGCUCCCUGGGGAACUGCUUCCACCUGCCAGCUUGCCAUUAACCAGGACGACUGGUGUGACAACUACCAGUCCAGCGCCCCCAAGGCCACCGUCUCCUACGACAAUGCCGGUCUUUUGGGCAUCACGGUCAAGUCGAACAAGAGUUUGAUCGGCAGCGGCAGCACUGGUAUUAUCAAGGGCAAGGGACUGAGAAUUGUCUCGGGCGCUUCCAACAUUAUCAUCCAGAACAUCCACAUUACCGACCUCAACCCUCACUACGUCUGGGGUGGUGAUGCCAUUACUCUGGAUGGCACUGACAUGGUCUGGAUCGACCACGUCAAGACCUCCCUCAUCGGCCGUCAGCACAUUGUCCUUGGCAACUCGGCCUCCAACCGCGUGACCAUUUCCAACAGCGAGAUUGACGGUAGCUCCACCUGGUCGGCCACUUGCGAUGCCAACCACUACUGGGCUCUGUACUUUACUGGCUCGGGCGACAUGGUCACCUUCAAGAACAACUACAUCCACCACACCUCCGGCCGUGGCCCCAAGGUCGCCGGCAACACCCUGCUGCACGCCGUCAACAACUACUGGUACUCGUCCUCCGACCACGCCUUUGAGGUCGACUCGGGCGCCAUGAUCUUGGCCGAGGGCAACGUGUUCCAGAACAUCCCCACGCCCGUCCUGACCGACAUUGAGGGCCAGCUCUUUACCGCCCCCGACACCACCACCAACGCCGUCUGCUCCACCUACCUCGGCCGCGCCUGUGUCGCCAACGCCUUUGGCAGCUCGGGCACCUUUUCCUCGUCUGACACGGCCUUCCUGUCCAACUUCAAGGGCAAGAACAUUGCUAGCGCUAGCACCGCUUCGGCCGCCAAGUCCGUCGCCAGCAGCGCUGGUUUCGGAAAGCUCUAA